AGGUAUUUACGGAAAUAAACAAGAGUCUAGGGGCAUUUUGGCAAAGAAAUGUGUUCAUAAGCAUCCAAAGCCCCCCUCCAUGACACAGAGUUCGAUGGCGAGUUUGAGUUCUUCUGCUGCUCCAUCGACCAUUUCUCUGAUCUAGGAGAUGGAGCCGAAUUCGUGGAACACUCGUCUCUCAACUUCUUCUUCUUCUUCACGUCGCUACCAGACUCGAUCUGAUCUCUUUAUGGGAGGAGGAUUGGAUGAAACUGACGGUGAUGAUGAAUUCGGAGGGUUGUAUUUAUGUCCGUUCUGUGCUGAAGAUUUCGACAUUGUUGGACUGUGUUGCCACAUCGAUGAAGAUCAUCCUUUUGAAGCGAAAAACGGGGUGUGCCCUGUUUGUGCAAAGUGGGUGGGAAUGGAUAUUGUUAGCCAUAUUACUUUGCAACAUGGGAGUUUCUUUAGAGUGCAGCACAGAAGGAGAUUGCGUAGGGGUACAUCUAAUUCGACAUUUUCUUUAUUGAGAAGAGAAUUGAGAGAUGGAACUUUGCAAUCUCUUCUGGGGGGAUCUUCGUGCUUUGUUGCCCCCUGCAAUGCAGAGCCUGAUCCAUUGUUGUCAUCAUUUAUAUUCAAUUCACCUAGUAAGGCUGAUGAAUCUGUUAAUACACAAUCGGUUUGUAUGGUUGUACCAACGUUAGUAGAGGAGAGCUCAAAUGACAAUUUUCAAGCAAGAAACAUCCAACAAACUCAGCUUUCGGACAAAGAACAAGAGGAGAAGGCCCACAAGUCUGAGUUCGUCCGAGGACUUGUGCUGUCAACUAUUUUUGAUGACUACUUAUAAAUCAUAGGGGUAUUCAGUGAAUGAAAUGCGAUUAAUAUUAGAACCAGCAGUUAUGACUGUUAUGCAUUAAGGAGAUGGAGAAGAAUUUGAGUCUAUGUUAUAAGUGGUAAUAUUUAGAUCAGAGAAAUUCUGUAUGCGCAUUAUUUCUAAGAUGUGCAUAAUGGAAAGAUGGAAGUACCAUUCUACU